AGUUGCUUAGCCCUUUGAAACUUGUAGGAAAGAGAAGAGCAGAGAGGCGGUUCUAGAGAUAGAAAGAUAUCGUGUUCCGCGUCGUUUUCCAUUUACGGAUACAUUAUUCUGAUAAAUAUACAAAUUAAUAUCUCUCCUCAUUUCACCAUUUAUCUCAUGCGUGCAGGCUAUUCUCAAAUCUCUCUGGUUUCUACGAUUAAUUCUUGGCCCUAAACGAUUUCAAUUCUCUUUAAGCUUCUUCCUUCUUCAUUCACCUCUUGUUUCUAUCGGCCUUUUCUUUUUCUAUCAAAACUCUUCUUCUCUAAUCUUUCCCAACUUUUCUCUCUUCUCACUUAUCUCUAUCUGGGUUUGUUUUGAUUGUAGCGAUGGGAGGCAAUAUGAGCAAGAAGCCCACUGAAACUUCUUCUUCCCAAUUCACACCUGAACUCAUCUCUUACAAGGCUGCCUGCCGCCGCGACGCCGACCUAAGGACGUUCGACAACAACCUGCGGGCUCGGACCAGUCACGUAAUCAAUACUCUUGCCGUUGGGGUUGAAGUUCGAGCGCUUUCGUUUGAUUCUCUGAAGGAAGUUACUGAGUGUCUCCUGGAGAUGAACCAGGAGGUGGUUAAGGUUAUCUUAGAAUGCAAGAAAGAUAUAUGGAAGAGCCAGGGGUUGUUUGAGCUUGUCGAGGAGUAUUUCGAGUGCAGUUUGCAGACUCAAGAUUUCUGCACUGCAUUGGAGAAGUGCUUGAUGCGAGCUCGGGAUAGUCAGCUGCUGAUUCUGGUGGCGCUGCAACAAUUUGAGGAGGAGAAUAAUGAUAUGGGUGCUGGGCGGAGGUACGAGAGGACUCUUGAGGAAUUGAAGAAUUUCAAGACGGCUGGGGAUCCAUUCACUGAAGAUUUCUUCCAGAUAUUUCAGUCUGUUUAUAAGCAACAUAUUUCGAUGCUGGAGAAGCUGCAGCUGAGGAAGAACAAGCUUGAUAAGAAGCUGAAAAGCAUCCAUGCUUGGAGGAAGGUUUCAAGCAUAAUAUUUGCUGCUACUUUUGCUAGCGUAUUGAUUUGCUCGGUGGUGGCUGCCGCCUUGGCUGCCCCACCUGUGGCAGCAGCACUUGCAGCUGCUAGUUCUAUCCCUCUGGGUUCAAUGGGGAAAUGGAUUGAUUCUCUGUGGAAAAACUAUGAACAAGCAUUAAAAGGACAGAAGGAGGUGAUCAAUUCAAUGAAGGUGGGUACAUUUAUAGCUAUCAAGGACUUGGACGGCAUUCGGGUUCUAAUCAAUCGACUAGAGAUAGAGAUCGAAGCUCUUCUGCAGAAUGUGGAUUUUGUGAUUGAGGAACAAGCUGUGAAGAUUGGAGUUGAGGAGAUCAAGAAGAAGCUGGGUGUCUUCAUGAACAACGUUGAAAGUCUGGGAGUGCAAGCCGAUAUUUGCAGCCGUGAUAUUCGGAGGGCAAGGACUGUGGUUCUGCAGAGGAUAAUAAAGCAUCCUAACCAUUGAUUCAAAGAUGAUCCUACACCCUGCUGAAAGGUGUUGUUCUUGUUGAAGAUUAUCUGAACCUUUUGUUCAAAAAUAAAUAUAUAUAAAUAAAUUAAAAGUGGAGUUACGUUGAAAACAGUUGGGAAAAACUGCUAGUAGUUUAUAUGUGUUUAGAUUAAGACAUGUAGUUAAAAAACUCCCUGCUGGUUUGUAAGUUAUCUAAAAACUACUUUGUAACUGACUUGUCUAUAUAAAGACAAGCAUAUAAGCAUUAGUGUUGUAUGAACAAAUACUGAAAGAUUAUUUUUAAGUCUGAAAAAUAAUUUGUUUCA